UGCAAAAGUUAAGUGCUGCCAGUGGCUCACUAGCCUCUCCCUGCAGCCUCCCCCUCCUUAUCUGUGGUUUCUGAAGCAGAGAUGCUCAGUGUGGAUGGAUCCCAUAUGGUGCAGUUGCUAAGCAGCAUGGCUCACAUGACUCUCCUUUGUCAGUGUGGUAGUGACUGGUUGCUGCCAGGAGCAAGGAAAUCUCCCCUCCCCACCUUGCUGUUUCCUGUCCCAGGCACAACACAUACAGCUGUGUCAAGGGAGCAGGAUCCAGCCUCCGUCUGUGCACAGUGUGAACUGGACCCCAGCCAUGUUCUAUAGCCGGUCUCACAUCUUAGGCACAGCCUGGUUAUAUCUAUGCCUCAGUCCUUGCACACAAACCCAUCACUGCAGCAUCUGGUCGAUGCUCCAAAAGCUGGAGGCCUGCUGGAGCCAGGUCCACUGACUCAGUUGUAUCUGUGGUGCAGACAGGCAGAGAGAGGUGGGGUGUGGGUGAAUUCAGCUAGCCUGUUCCAGAUGAUUUACCUGUGGAUGCUGGGAGCAGAAAUGCCAUCACACCACACAGCAACAUGCCUCUGGCUCAGGGAUGGGCAAUGAUAACACAUGGACAAUGGGAUUCAGCGCCACGCUUGUUGUGCUGGAUCCCACCUGCUGUGACAGAGACCUGCCCUGAAUCACCCGCUGCGAAUGCAUGCUGAGUUAGUUGUGAGCGCAGGGCAAAUUGGGAACAACAUGCCAGCAGGAGAUACUGGCAGGCUUCAACACAUCAAGCUGUGUCACUGGACAGAGCAAAGCAUGGUUCAGACAUGCUAGCCAGUGCCCUAGCUGAGCACACACAUCUGCACACCUGUGCAUAGCCUAGGUACUUGUUCCAGGCUAACAUGCCUGCCCACUCAGCAUGCACAUGCACCAGGGUACACACGCUCCUUGUCUUGGCAGCAUGCACUGACCUGUUAGAAGUCUGAAGAGGGUCUGUAUCUGCUUAUUCAUUGGCAAUGCCUGACCGAUCUGGUGCACUAAUAAAGCCCCUCAGAGCUGAAGUUACAGGCACACCUGGUGUACACAAACAUACUGCGUAGACACACACACUCUUGCACAGAUGCAACUGUGCACAUACUCUUUUGCACACCCGGGCAAAAACAUGCACAUAGGCACAUGUACACUGGGGCACUUGCACAUGCAUACAUGCAUAUAUACAGAAGUGCACCCAUGCAAGCCAAAUUUUGCCCACAUGCACAUUUAUGCACACCCACCUGCAUACCUCUCGAGGCACACUUGCACAGGCACCGUGCACACUCAUGUAUUCACAGGCUCACUUGCAGAGGGACACUUGUGUGGCCACCAACAUCUAACACCUGUAAAGAUACCUCCCCAGCUCUUUGUUUAACUCUGGUUGUUUCUGAACCUACUUUGUUCCUUGCUUACUAGAAGUUCCCAGUUCCAAACCAUGUACUUCCUAGUGCCCCAAUGUCCUCUGAACUCAGCAUGCAAAUCCUUUCCAUGGUGUUAGACUGCACUGCAGGCCUACACCUCAUAAGUAGGUGCCCCAGUGUGACCACGCAAGCAGGCAGGAGGAAGCUAAUCUCUAGGAGACCAGUCUGUUAGCCCUUGGAGGGAUACAGACUCAGCUAUGGGUAGGGGAGGCAGUAAAGUCUAUUGAAGAGAAUAGAGGCUUGGGGUCUACUCCCAGCUCUGGCACUAGUCUGCUACAUGGCUUUGAGCAAGGCAUGACUCCACUCUGUGCCUCAGUUUUCCCAUCUUAACAUUGAGCAUAAUUAAACCGGUCACUUUAGUAACCAACUUUGAGAUCUGUGGAUCUUUGACAACAUGUUGGGUAAGGGUGAGGCCCUUGUUGCUAUCAUUACUGUCCCCCAUCCUUCCACCCCAGGGUCUUGGGGAGCACAAUGGCUAGGGUAGGUCUAACUUGGGCCUAGGCAUUAGAGCUUAGAAAAUGAUCAUCUUCCUCAAAAUUGCAGAGGAACCCACUGAGGUUGCUUCCUAGAGCCCCAACCCAUCUUCCAUCAGAGCAGGUUCGUUCAGUGCUGAUGUGGUCACUGGACUCCAGUGACCCACAAUGGGUACUGAUGUUGUUGAAACCGGGUUGCCUGAGUACAGGUCACAGAGUGUGAUGCCAUUAUGGACCCAGAUCCAAUGCUGGAGAGAAGUGUCACCUAAGCUCUAGGGCAGUGCUGCGCUAGCUUCUGCCCCUCAGGCCUUGAACUGGCUCUGGGUCCUUCACCCACCCUUUGCCUCACUUGCUAGGGCACUGUACAAACAAAGCACAGAGACUGGAGGCUGCCACCUCCUGGUGAGUCUUGGUAUAAAUGACAGAAGGGAGGAGAAGUGGCAGAGUCAGGCCCACGUUAGGAAGUGGUCAGGGUUGUGGGAUGUGCCAGGUUACACACACCCAUGACACAGUGGUGCCCUGUUCCCCCCUGUGAGCUCACAAGGAGCUGACACACCCUAUGGGCUGGACUGAGCUCUUGGUACAGAGCACCAGGGAGUAAAACAAUGAAGGAUGUGGGAAAAUGAAAGGAGAAGUGGGGCAGGUGAAUGGAGUUGCAGGUCCCCCAUUGGUUUAGUGUCAGCUCUGUGCAGACUGGGGAGCUCUGUGCAGCACCUUGGCUAUGCGGCACUUGGCACUGAGUCUUUGGAACCACAGGCUCGGAAAUAACUGCUGUGACACCUGCUGGUGCAAACAACUCAGAGAGACCUGGGGUGUCAGCCAGGCCUAUCAUACCUCUCUGUGCAUCUGCUGGACAGCAGGGCCCAGACAGUGUCAUUCCCUGGGCCCAGCGGUGUUGGGGGAGGGAGGAGCAUGAGGAUAGCAGCUGCAUGUGGCUCAGUGCUAUUACCAUCAGGAACAGCUUUGCUGCAGGAGCUAACCCAAGGGCUAGGCAGGUUAUUCAUGCAGGCUCAUCUUCCUUCACCAUAGCUUUGUACUGAAGGGCCAGCUCCAAACUCUGCAAAGGCUGAAGUCUGUAGGAAGAGAUAAGCGCUCAGGGGCUGACCCAGAGCUGAUGAGGCUCUCUGGUGAGCCUUUCUGAGCUGCAAACGUACCUUGUGGACUAGACCUGGAGGCAUGUGGGCCUGUCUGCUCUGUGUGCAAAUGAUAGUGCUCGGGGACCUUUCCAUAUACAGAGGGGUUAUCCCCACUUCUCCUCACCAACCUGUACAGUGAGGCCAUGUAUCUAUUUCAGCCCAGAAGUAGCCAUGCCAACAUAGACGGUGACCGUGAGGAUUUGGGAUCCUGCAGUUUGAUAGGUGCCUUUUGAGAGCUAAAUUGACUUUUGCAGCUGCUCCUGCACAGGCUACAUCAGACAAACCAAGGGCUGCCUGCUGGGGAGGAAUGGCAAGACCUCUGAGGUAGCCAAUGCCUUAGUGACCGUAACUGAUAUGGCUUGGAUCCCAGUGAAAGAUAGGGUCCCCCACCAGGCCUAGAGCUGAGCAUUGUCCAGCACCCUUCACCUGUGUUUCAAACCAGCUCACAAGCCAGAGCGCUGGAUGUACGGAGCAGUCAGCAACCAGCCUUGCCCCACCUGGUGACUCAGUUGCCACCAACUGUAAAUACCUCCCUGGUAAACAGAGUUGAGUGCAAACACACAUCGUAGGGACAGAGGGAAGCAGUGCUUGCCCUGAAGAGGAGCCAGUCUCACCAUGCAUGCUGCAGAGGAAGCCCCCAGAUCAAAGUCCCCAGUGGCAGGUCAGUAGGGGCAGGGUUUUCUCAGGAUGGCUGGAUCCAGGGAGGAGCAGCUGGGUUGGGAAUGAUUACCCAGAUGUUACUGAAUUUCGUGCCAGUGUAAAUGGCCUGACAAGCAGCCCUGAACACAGAGCCUCAGAGAAGCCCCAGGAUCAGUGCCUGCAGGGCUGACUUGCCCCCCAGGUCUGCUUCAGGUCCAUGGAGGACAAGGUGGUGCUUAGUCUAUGUGGCCUGGCCAGAUUUUGGCCUUUCUGCUCAGGUGACUGACAGACCCAUUAUCUGGGUGGGGUGCAUGAUGCAGGCAACCAUCUACUGGGAACAGGACUAAGACCCACCCAACUCAUUGAAAUGCAUUGGGGCCACCAAACAGCUGUCAAAUGGGGGCAACUGGGAGUUGAUGAUGAUGGGGGAUCACCUCACUCCAGUUACUCUCAGGUGAGUUCACACCAGUCCUAUCCCAUGUGGGAAAUCAGGCCAGGCCUCCAGCCAGCCCAGUCCCAUCUCUGACUGGCCAGUACUGGCUGCUCAGGGGAAGGAAUAGCUCCAGUGUACUGAGGCUGUCCUGUGGGUGGGGGCUAUUCUUCGUGGCCUGAGCCAGUGAUCAGUGACAGCUAGAAGCAGGAGCGCUGGGAGCCCUUGUCAGGUUGAUACUGUAGGGAAGUGGUUUUCAAACUUUUUAGACUCAAGGUCUUCUUCUUUUGACCCAAGGCACCCCUUGUUAGCCUCCAGACAUCCCUCAGAAAAUGCCAGCUCUGAACUUUUACUCAUUUCUUGACUCCAGAAAAAUACUAGAGCAAUUUUUCUCUUGCAAAGAACUAAAAAAGACCCAAGCAGGUCAGAAUGGUUUUAAAACUAUGGAUUCCUGUUUUAAAUCUCUGGUCUUAUCUUGUGAAUCAUAAAAAACAGAAUUAUAGAACCAUAGAAAAUGAAGGUUGGAAGAGACCUCAGGAGGUCAUCUAGUCCAACCCCUGCUCACAGCAGGAUCACCUCCAAUUAGAUCAUCCCAGCCAAAGCUUUGUCUAGCCAGGUCUUAAAAACCUCCAAGGAUGGAGAUUCCACCAUGUCUUUGGGUACCUGUUCCAGUGCUUUACACUGAAUCAUGUGUAGUUUGUAUACUGACAGGGCUAAUAUUGAGUGGCACCCUGUGGUAUUCUUAAAGCGGUCUCAUAGUGCCCCAGGGUGCUGUAGGUCCCUGGGUAAGAACCAUGACUGCAGGAGUUUAGGUGAGGGGGGUCUUCCCAGAGGUGGCAGGAGCACAAAUAAAUUCAGUGGGGACUGUACAGCCAGUCCAGGGGCAUCUGUGUUACAGUCUGUGACCCACUCCUACCUGCUUCCUGGCCCCUUCCUCUGGUGGGGCAAGUGAGGGCAGCUCUGCCCCCUUCCAGAGUUACAGAGGGACUGGGUGUGUCAUUGUGAAGAGCAGAGGCAGAGAGAGAGCAUGGCCCAGGGAAGCACAGACAUUGCCACUUUCCCCUAAGCAGCCCCAGCUUCAUCCCCAGUACCUCAUCCCCUCAUUGCCUGUCCUUUUGCCCUGACUCAGAAGAGGAACUAGCUCAGGGUUAUCUAGACAUAUCAGCUUGUCUGGUGGAGACUGAUUUGUAAUACUAAAGGAAAUGAAAGCUGAAGGAGGCACCUGGAGUAUAGGGUGUAAGGACUAAAUUAGAGGCCGGCAAAUAGCACAAGUCAGAUAGAGGGAGGGAGCCUGGGUUACAGUGCAGCCUACCAUUUGCAUCCUUUCUGUGGGGAUAAGUGGAAAGGACUUUGGCACCCUCCUCUACUUCAUUGAUGUUAGUGGCCAACACAAAAUCUUUUUUUAAUUAUUAAAAUAUAUCUAUAUUUAUUUAGGUAUAUAUAUAUAUCCUCUAUCGUAGACUUUCAUUGCACUUUUUCUUUUCCAAACCAUCUUAAUAAACUUGUGCACCUGUUACAAUAACUGCACCUGCUCCCCUGUGCCCAUGCGCACCCACCCUCUGCCCUUCCCUAAUCCAAACACAGUCUCUUAGUCCUGGCCCUGAUUUGGAGUUUCCCGUCUCAAUUCAUUCUCAGUCCUUGUUGCUGUCACUUCCACUGCUGCUGAUCCCGUACUUGUCCUCCUCUCUGUCUUCAGGUCCAGUUGUGUCAUUGUCCCCUUCGUUCUCCCUGACCACUUCCUUUCCCAGGGGGGUGGGCUUUGAACAGCCUGUACCAUGUGUCCCUUUCCAGAUGGAGUUGGCUGCAUCCUCUCCCACCAUUUUCUGGUAGUAGGACUGGAGUUCACUCAGAAACAUUUUCAGGGUGAUGAUUUGGCAUGACUGGUGUCCAGGACAAAAGUAGAAUAGGGAGCUGCCAGUCAGGAGCUAGGAAAUGGGUAGAGCUGUGAGGUGAAGGUUAUUUCUGCAUGGUUUGGCUGUAGUUGUGCGACACAUUCCCAAAGUUCUCAGUAUGCUGCAAGCAUAAAAAUCCCAGAGCAAGGCAAUGCAUUUAACUGCUCCCCUGGACAAUAUUCCUGGAGGCGCUCUCUGUUGGGAGUGUAUGUGCACAUGGGAGAAAGCAAGAAUGAAUGAAUUAUAGGAUAUGCAUGGGGACUGCUUUGUGGAUGGGUUAUUUGGCAAUGUCAGCAAACCCCAGGGGGUCCUUUACUGAAGCCCUGCUAGAAGUCUGUGUGGGACAGAGCAAGAGGAGAUGGGGAAUACAUCCAACACUGCAGGGAGCUCCAGCCUGAGACCAGUAACCAAGCUACCUCCCAAAUACUCCAGCAUCAACUCUGUAGGCUGCUGAAUGCAGUGGACAUCCCGGCCACAGGUGCCCCAAAGCCCAUUACAGUAGAUGCAGCAAUCCAGACCUGGCAUCUGCCCCCAGGUCCCAUUUUGGAAUGAGGGGAAGUAGAGGCCUGGAUUGGCUCCUCUCAUCCUCCUUGUGCUCUGGACACUGACCAAGUCUCUGCCAGCUGUUUCUGGCCUUUGUGUUCUACCAGCCUCUCUGGAGGCUCCCAAAGCAGGAGGCAGGAGCACGGCAGAUGAUGGUAACUCACACCUGAUGCUGGGUUGGGCAGGCCUGCAAACCCUGACAGCUGCCCUGGGAGCCCUGCUGGCCUCUGUCUUUCAUUUCAGGUCUGGAGGUGCUGGAGGAUCUGCUGACCUAUGAUGAUCUUUUCUUGGAGUAUUUCAAUGCCUUCUUGGCUCAGCCUGCUUUUCCUCUGAGGCUGCACUAUGACCGGCUCAGGGGGCAGCUGGAAGAGUUGGAUGGCUUCCUCCAGGAGUGUCCUAGACAGCUGAGCUCUCCUCAGUACGGAGCAAGUGAUGCUGAGAGGGAGAGGACUUUGGGAUGGCUUCAGAGGGAGCGCUUAGUCCCAUUCCUAGGGAGCACUUUUUAUCUGCAGUACAAGCUGGCAAAACUGCUGAUGUGUCCGCUGGAUGAGGGCUACCCGGUGAGCCGGCACGAAGUUCGUGGAUACAGCCGUCAGUCUGACAGUGCUGCCGUCUCGAGCAUUCCCAGUCACCCUUCAACAGCUGGGCUGACCACGGGGAUCCCCAGCCAUGAGCUUCUGAGGCCUCUUAGGUUGACCCGCAGCACCCCAGCCCGUCUAGGUUGCCUUGUUGACAAUGCUGGCUGGCAUCCCCAGGAGAUUUCCCUGGAGUUCUCAGCUGCCUUUGGUUUGGGGCAACUUCCCUGUGCAGAGGGGCUGAGCAGGCUACAGGUCAGCAGCCUCCUGUAUGACUCAAGCAUGGAAGCAACCAAUGGUGAGACUGCUGUGGCUUGGAGAGGGACAGGACGGGACUGUCCUUUGCCAGAAGGAGCCAUGGAUGAUUGGACCAGUGAGCCAGCGGGACUGCCUGUUGGCCUGAGCACACCUGCCUCUGGCUCCUCACUUGGAGCAGAGCAGGCCAAGUCCCACCUGGACAGGUGGGCUGGGGAGUCAUUUUCAGAUGCCAGGAAGGUGUUGCAAUUUGAUCUGGAUGAGGCAAGUGAUUCUGAGGGAGGAGAGGAGCCUGGGUUCCUUGGGAGUUUCAGGGACUCUGCUCUGCAGCGUCUGAAGGAGGACAUCUUGGGGACGAGAGCUGGCAUGGACACCUUCCAGGAGUUUCUCCAGGGCACCCUGGGGAUCCAUCUCUUCCACUUCUGGAUUGACUGUGAGCAUGCCAAGGAGCGCGCCCAGUGCUUGGAAGCCAGUGAUGCCCAGCUCCUCUACACUGACCUCUUUCGGAGUAUUCAAGACAAGUACAAACUGGACCUGCCUCCUGCUUCCCAGGAGCAGAUCUAUGAGGCUCAGCACGGCGCAGGGCAGACUUCAGCUGCAAUCAGCAGGAGCCAAUAUGAUGCUCUGAGACGCUUACGUUCCUACUGGGUUCCUAGGUUUCUCAUCCACCAUGAGAGAGCCAAGCACCUUGGUAGGCUUGCAUCAGACUUGGGCUCCCAGGCCAAGGCUAGCUCACUCCUGCAUGCUGACCACCUGCCUUCAGUUAAGGUGUUUACAGCACUUCCCAUAGUGGGGGACCGAUGUAUGAGUCGCGUGAGCAGAAGCAGAGACUGGCUCAGUGUUCUGCGCUCCGCAGGGACCAGGCGUGGCAGGAUUGAGUCAGCUCAGCCACCAGGCCUCAUGUGGCCUCUUACUAUGACACCACUGACCUCCCGCCUCCUCCAAACACUCAAAUGUGAUCUCGGGGGUGUGGGAGGCUUUCUUCACUACCUGAUCAGGUAUGAGGAUGCUCAAGAGGUGCACAGCCUGUUGCUGUGGCAGGCACUGGAGGAGCACAAGGCCUCUUGGGAGAGGCAGGCAGAUCGGCUCCAGGUCCACCGCGCAGCCUGGCACAUCUUUCACACGUACUUGGCCCAUGAUGCGGGAUGUGAUGUUGGGCUGGGCUAUGAUAUGCCGCUUUAUGUCCAGCACCUCCAGGAUCUGCUCAGCACCAGUGAUGGAGGCCUGGAGCCCAUGGCCUUUGAGCCUGUGGCUCAGCAUGUGCUUGCUGUCCUCUGUGGGUCCUGGCUCUGCUACCUCCGCUACGAAAUUGCCACCUUCCUGAAGUAUUGUGUGCCAGCCUCUUUCUUUGAAGCCCAGGAUAUGGGGAGCAAAGAGAGUAGAACAAAGCAAGAAAGGAGAAACAGGGCCAGGAAGAGGAGGAGCAAUGCCAGAUCCCAUGCCCAGGAAGGAAGAGAACAUCAGAGGCAGAAGAAGAAAACAGCAUCCAAUCCACUGGGCUCAGGCCUGGCGGAGGAGGACACCCCAGCCAGCAGGGUGUCAGUGACAUCCCAGCCAUCCCCGGACCUGCUCAGCAACAAGGUGGUUUUUAAAGUUUAUAGGAAAGUGGCUCAGGAAAUGCAGGAUGCUGACUUGCAAAGGGCACUGGGACUGCUGCAGAACCUGGAGUGCUGCUGGGAGGCCCCAGGGGACAGGCAGCGGCUGGGCAGCACCCUGAAACUCCUGGACCUCUGGGACCAGCAAGGGUCUGAGUCAGCCAACCCUCAGCUCCCUCAAAAGCUGAGGAAGAGACUGAGGGUGGAGGUGGCCCAGGGCAGAGUGAGCGACUUGAGCCUGGAAGAAAUGCAGGCGGCUCUAUAUUCGCAUGUUGCUCAGAGCUUUGAGGGUUUCUGGGCUGUGGUGAGUGAGGGGCUCAGCAGGCACGGAGUGCAGCACACCCAUCUGCAGGAGGAGGGCUGGGCCAAGCUGGAGCCACUCCUGCACUCACUGGCUGCCAAGGUGGCCCUCAAGCACUUAAGGAACAGGAAGGCCCAGGUGGGGUCUGCAGCCACGGCCCGGCCUAGCCAGGAAGACAAAGCCUCCUUCUGCCGGUCCCUCCGGGCUGCUGCCGAGGGCUGGCCCAGCCUGGAGAUGCUGCACUUCCUCCAGUACCUGCAGGUUCAUGGUCCCCCGGUGCUGGAGACCGGUCUGUGCUUCCAGCUGGAGGUACAGAAGUUCAAGAACGCCCAUCAUGGCACACCCAACGGGGCCCUGCUCAGGAAGAAGGUGCAGGUGAUCCGUGACAGCUUCCUCCUCUCCCAGCUGGAGCCCAGGCUGCAGGUGGCAGUGGAUGCAGAGAAGCUGGAGAGAGCUGUGCAGGCAGCUGAGCAGGCCCUCCAGAAGGAUGCUCCGUUACCACCUCCGAGCCUGUUUGAUGAGCUGAGGGACUCUGUGUUCAGCAGCCUCCUGCCCUACUGGGCUUGUUUCCAGAAGGCCUGGCUGCAGCGGUCUCCUACAAGUGCCCAGAGAGCUCCAGUGCUGAGAGCUCAGCAGCUGCUGAAGCAGAGAUGUGCCUGGUUUGAGAAGCCCCAGGGACUGCGACCAACGUUCCAGCUGCCUCCACUGCAGCAGCCUGCUGCUGUCAGAGGAAAUGAGCAGCAGGACAACGUUACCUACACCUUCUCGGUCAGCAGGGGCAUUGCCCUGAAGGCCUCCAGCAGAGAAAGUACAGCCAGCAUCAGCACAAAUACCUCUGGGCUCAGGCAUGGCAAGAGGUCAGCAAGAUUUCGGCUUCCUCCCAUUCCCAAAAUACCCGCGCCUAUCUGAUCUGGAUGGACAACACUACCAUGAAGAGAAGCAGCCAGAGCAGGCCAACUAGGCUAGAAACACCCAGCAGUGCCCCUGCUCUGUUGGGUGCCAAGUAGAGCAAGACUUUUGUCUCCUGCUGGGAGUUAGUCCCAGGGCAAUGGACGCCAGCAGGAAGGGGUGUCGGGACAGCCCUCCCUCUUUUGGUAAGGCUGGUUCAUCUACCUAAGCUGCAUGAAAACUCUUGCUGAGCUCAGGCAGAUGCUGCCUGUACUCCUGAUGCAGUGACGGGAGCUGAGUCAGUGCUGUAGGGUGCAGGGAGCAUGACAGGGCACUGAAAACAGCCUACUCUCUCCAUAGCCCUUCCAUCUCCUCACUGGCCAGCAAAUGGGGCCCUGCCCCUCCCAAAGACAGUUCUUGUUCAGCAGCUGGAAGAUGAGGUCAAGGCAGGUGUCUGAAGUGACAUUAAGCCUUAAGGCUCCCAAGGAGUUUUCGUGCCAGCUUGUUACAGCUGAUGUGACAUUGCCAGCCUGGCUUUGAAACAGCAACACCCCCUGCCCCCAGCUUAACUGAGCCUUUGCUGCUAUCCCACCACUCCUCUAAAAUGGGAGAAGCUGAGCAGGACAAGGUGUUUUCCCUCCUGUUCAGAAGGUGCAACCCUCACAGCACACAUGGUGUAGCAUGUCACUGCCACAGCAGGCUGUUGCUGUGCAGAGGGGAGGGAGGCCAUGGCAUUGCCACCAAUAACAGGAUGGGGGGAGGUAUUACUCUCAUCCUGUGGCACUAGCCUGUAUUCAUAUUAAGAAUGGUUAGAGCUGAGGAUCUGGCAUGUGAGACCCUGCCAUCCCUUGGUAACAGGGAAAUAGGAGCUGAUACACAAAGUGCAGUGACAGCCAACACAGAAGGAAGGCGUAAGGCUGCUUCUAGCACCAGGCCAGCUGUGCAUGGGAGUCUGGUAGGAAAGAUGGCUCCCACAUGUGCUGUGCUCAGCUCUGACCUGGACACCAGGCCCUUGCCCCCUAUCACCUUCUGCCUGCUCUCUCUUGCAACCUCUUCCUGCCUGGUCACAGCUACUCAACUCCUGCCCCUCCCAAAUCCAUUCGCAAUGCUGCUCAGAUUACUGUCCUGGCUCCUCACUGACAGCAUCACUCUGCAUCCACAGCACUAAACACAAGCUACUUCCUUUUGUGACUACUCCAAGCUUUGCCCGCAGCUGCUCUGCUUGCUCACCGCAAUGCUGAUUGCUCCCUCUGCUCUGCCAGUGUCCCCUGACUUCAUGGCUCAGUCACCUUCCCCCUUGUGCAUAGGAAAAUUUCCCCAGAAGUUCAGACAUCUCCAACCACAGUUUCUUCUGCCAUGGUAGCUCCAAAACCAGUGUGGGCCACCCUUAUUAGCAGAUGUGCCAAAAAUAACCCUGUAGCCUCUGUGAGUGUGUCCUCUGCCCAAUCUGUGCUGCUUUCUGCUUCCAUCCCUGUGCUCCCUGACUGAUCAGCUGCUCCGCUUCCCUGCCCAAUUUACUGUGGGCUCCAUAUAGAGGCUGCUUGUGCCACUUAUGGCACUUAUACUGCAGGUUGGCCACCCCUUUCUUAGGCCCUAGGAGCCAAGAGUAACUGGACAGGGAGUGGACUCCCAUUACUGCUUAACAGUGCAAAUGUUGCCGGCUUAGAUUGUGGCACAAGCUGUGAUCUGUCAAGUGCCUUGGAGGGGCUCUAUUUCCACUGUAGAUCCAACAGCAAAUGGCAGAGCCAGGGUUAGUGGCUCUAGAUGCUAACGCAACACAGGUCAUGGAAAGGUUUCAAGUGCUUGCAUGGAUGACUUGGGAGUAUGAACAAAUGCUAUUAGUGCUCUCUUAACCUCCAGACUGAAACUGCACUGAAAUCAGCACCAGCUCAAAUGGUUUCAGCACCCACUGUACCCUGGAAACAACACAUUUCCUUCCAUCUCUAAGCACAGUGUGGCUGAGACUACUGUUGGCACAGGAAUAAGGCCACUGGUGAGCAAGUCUCUCGUACUGGUGGCAGGGUCUUAGGAGCAAUGGGCAUAACGGCACUCACUCAAUGCCGACAGGCUGGUCUGACUGAGGACUUUACUGAGGAGUUGUGGGAUGACUGCAUCCCUGCCUGGGCUGGAUGUGGCACUAGGCACUGUGCAAUCUCUAUGGUACUGGCUACAGAGGCUGAGGCAGUGCUGGUUUCUAAGCUCUUCUUUCAGUAAAAUAUGAGGGCUGGGUGGGCCCUGGUGGAGGAUGAUGGGCCAUCCUACCCCUGUGUAACAUUCUGAAGAGGAACCAGACUGCUCAUAAAAGAGGCAGAGCAGCUGCUGAGGAGGUCUGCAGGGAGAGCUCCCACUCAGCCCUUGCUGUGCUGGGCCUGAAGAGAAACUGCGGCCAGACAGCAAUGUUCAGCCCAUCUCUGCUCUUUAAUAGGCUUGGGUACCAUUGUGCUGCUCCCCCAGUAGCAGAAUCCCUGUCAGUUGCAGCUGAGGAGCAGAGACACCCCUCAGCACGGCCAGGAAAGGCUGGCUCCUUCUGUAAUGCCACCGCUAUGACUCCUGGCGAAGAGGGGGAAUCAGUCACCACCUCCAGUCACGCAGAUCAGGAUGGGCAGCUCUCAUCUCUCUCCUGUUCAGGAGGCGAAUGCACUGCACUGACCCACAGGGCAAGAAACCAGAUAACCUUGGUCCACAGUCCUGGUGGCAG